ACCCUACAUUUGUUAAACCCCUGUCCAUCAUCUUCUCCAUCUUCCAUUUUCACAAAAAAAAACUCUCCAAACACGGUCUUAUCUCUACUUCUUCAUUAAUGGCUACUAAUUAAGCUUAAAAAUAAACAACUAUGGCAGCAAAGAAGAAGCAAAAUCAGAAUUCCAGCCAAAUUGAGAAAACAGUGAAUUGCAGUAGUAAAAGUAAAAAGAAGAAGAAUAGUAAAAAAAAGAAGCAGCAACAACAACAGUUUUUGAAUGAAGAUGAUUAUAGACUAAGGUUACAAGAGGGUUUAUAUUCACCUGAUUAUAUUUUCACUAAAAUUUUCAGAAAGGAUGGUCCUAUACUUGGUGCUGAAUUUGAUUCUCUUCCAGAAAAUCCUUUUACUCCCAGUAAGAAAGGUUCCAGAAUUUCUAGUCAUGCUAGAGAAGAAAACCAAGCAGCAAUUAAGAGGAGAAAGGUCUCUGCGCCUGCCACCACGCAUUGCCGAGCUUCAUGUGAAAGUACCCCUCCUGUGAAAAAGCAUGGUACUGGGAAAGGUCUAAUAACAAAAGACACUUCGGUGAAAAAAUACGGCACUGGGAAAGGAUUAAUGACCGAGAAGAGUGCUAGUGUUAGAAAGCACGGUACCGGGAAGGGUUUGAUGACAGUUUGGCGGGCAACAAAUCCUCACGCCGGAGACACCCCCACUGGUGUUGAUUUUGGAGAGAGUGCUAAAGAGAGAAAGAAGAAGUUGCUGCAGCGACAGUCUAUUUUGAGAAAAAUAGAAAAGAAAUUGCAGGAUAAGAAAAAGGUUGGCGUGAAAUGCAGAAAGGCAGUGAAUAAAAGGAUCGAAAAGCAGAAGCCACCUCGUAAGGAAAAAUGUGAACUUGCGCUGGAAAGGAGAAAGUGCCAAGAAGGGUUACCUAUCAAAAAAAGAAAAUACCAAGAAGAGUUUACUCAGCAGGGGUCACUAGCGGAUGAUGAGGAACUUGAGUUAAUGGAGUUGGAGGCAGGACCUAACUCAUUGACAUGCUGUACACACUUCGCGGGCAAUGGUCUUCGUGGCUGUUCACUUUGCAAAGGUUUACUGCCAAAGUUUCCUCCAGAUUCAGUAAUAAUGAAGCUGCCUCUCUAUAUGCGACCAUGGGAUUCCUCUCCAGAGCUUGUCAAGAAACUUUUCAAGAUCUUCCACUUUAUCUGUACUUAUGCUGCAAGAAUUGAUAUCUGUUCCUUCACAGUUGAUGAGUUUGCGCAAGCAUUUCAUGAAAAAGAUUCCUUGCUCCUUGGACAAGUGCAUUUGGCCCUUCUCAGGCUUCUUCUGGCAGAUGUUGAAAUUCAGCUUGAUAGUGGAUUCAUUCAUCAAGCAAGCAAAAGUUGCAAUUUCUUGGGAUUGGUUCACUCAAUUGAACAUGAAGAAUUUAGUCUGAAACUGUGGAUUAGUUCACUCAAUGCCUUAACAUGGACAGAGAUACUACGGCAAGUUCUGGUUGCUGCUGGUUUUGGGUCCAAACGCGGUAGAGUAUCUGGGGAGGCUCUCAGCAAGGAAGUUAGUUUGAUGGCUAAGUAUGGGUUAGCCCGGGGUACACUGAAGGGUGAACUUUUUAGCAUUCUGCUAAUUAAAGGAACUGAUGGAAUGAAAGUUCAUGAGCUGGCAAAACUUCAAUCUAUUGUUGAGUUGAAUCUGGCAGCAACAACCAUUCAGCUAGAAGAUUUAAUAAGCUCAACCCUUUCUAGUGACAUUACACUGUUCGAAAAGAUUUCAUCUUCAGGGUACCGUCUACGUAUUAAUCCUUCUUCACAGGAAUCUGAAAUUUCUUUCUCAGAUUCCGAAGGAGAUGACGCAGAGGUUAUUAGUGGAUACAUCAGAGAUUAUUCUGAUUGUGAAUCCCGUGAAUUAGUUCCAGCUGAAUCUGGACGGAGAUAUCAGUUAGAAAAUAGGAACAGUUUAUCAAUUGUAAAUACUGAAAUUGAUGAAAGUUACUCAGGAGAAGCAUGGUUGUUGGGGCUGAUGGAAGGUGAAUAUUCAGAUCUUGGCAUUGGAGAGAAGCUGAAUGCCUUGGCGGCAUUGGUUGAUCUUCUUACUGCUGCAUCCAGCAUCUCUGAAAAGGAUCCGAUGCCAUCCACUGUAGAAUGUGCUCCUGCAACGAUUCAUCAUGCAUCAGGUGGAAAAAUAAAGAGGUCAUCAGCAAAAUCAUCCUACUUGGCUGGGCAAACACAAAGUCAUAGUGGAUAUCUUAGUAAUCAAGAUCCAACAGGGUCAUUGGAGUUUCAGCCUGUUGAUUCUUCAGUGUCAAUGUCAAAAAUCUGUAAGAAAAAUAAGUCACCUAGCACUGCAAAGAAUACCAAAGAACUGGAAGCUGGGGAUGAUUUGCAUCCUAUGCAGUCUAUCUUCCUCGGCUCUGACCGUAGGUACAAUAGAUACUGGAUUUUCUUGGGCCCUUGCAAUGAACUCGAUCCUGGGCACAGGAGGAUUUAUUUUGAAUCUUCUGAAGAUGGUCACUGGGAGGUGAUUGAUACUGAAGAGUCUUUAUGCUCUUUGUUGGCUGCCUUGGACCGUAGAGGUACACGAGAGGCUCUCUUAGUUGCAUCUCUAGAAAAACGGGAAACCUUCCUAUGCCGAGCAAUGUCAAAUAUGCUGAAUGAUUCAGGAGAUAGGCAAUCACCUCAAUGUGGAAGGACUUUUUCUAGGGAAGAUAGUUCAUCAUCUGCAAUUUCUGAUGUGGACAACUUAGGCCUUGUUGAAGUGCACAAUGGUUCUACUGGUUCGAAGGUGUCUGCAGGGCGGAAAAGAGAACGUCAGCAAGACAAAUGGAAUAUUGCUCAAGCUUUUGACUCAUGGAUGUGGAAAUCAUUCUAUUGUAAUCUUGCCGCUGUGAAACGUGGGAAAAGGUCUUAUCUUGAUUCACUUGCAAGGUGUGAACAGUGUCAUGAUCUAUAUUGGAGGGAUGAGAAGCACUGUAAGAUUUGCCACACCACGUUCGAGCUUGAUUUUGAUCUUGAAGAAAGAUAUGCCAUUCAUACUGCAACUUGUAGGCAGAACCUAGACCCUGAUAACUGCACAAAGCAUAAAAUUCUCCCAUCAGAAUUGCAGUCACUUAAAGCUGCAAUAUAUGCAAUUGAGUCAGUAAUGCCUGAAGAUGCCCUAAUUGGUGCUUGGCGAAGAUCUUCCCACAAUCUUUGGAUCAAAAGACUGCGCAGGGCCUCAACUUUAUCUGAGAUUUUACAGGUUCUUGCUGAUUUUGUCACUGCGAUCAACGAGGACUGGUUGUGUGACUCUGGUCAUACUUUGGGAUCAAAUUAUGACCCAGAAGAAAUUAUUGCAAGCUUUUCAAGCAUGCCCCAAACUUCAUCUGCAGUUGCAUUUUGGUUGGUCAAGUUGGAUGCCUUGGUCGGACCCCACUUGGGAAGUGCUCAUUAGCAAUAUACAAGUCUAAAGGUAGGUUGUUUCAAACAGGUCAAUCUUAUUUAGUUACAGGAUAAGGAGUACAUGGUUUGUGUCAAAGUCAGAUCCAUCAAACUACUUUAUGGCAAAAUUUCAGAUACUUGGAGAGUGAGUUAUUCUAUCAGUAUCCCUGAAGGAAUCAUGCUGCUUAUUGCUACAAGUGCAACAGUGCAACUGGAAGCUUUAUGAUUUUUUUGGAAAGUAAAGCAGAAAAUGAAGCAGUCAGCAAUCGGUUCAACAACCAAAGGCUGACGUUAGAACAAAUGUACAAUGUUACUUCUGGACAUCCAUUUUUGUUAUCAUCACUAUACGUAGGAUACAUGAAUGCUUCUUCAAUGUACAUAGUAGGAUAGGUUCUCUUCCUCAUCUUCGAUCUUCUUCAACCCAGUUUUGGCUGUUUUGCUGUAUUAGGACUCACUCUUGACACUUGUAUUGGCUCAUUCCUUGUAAGAUAAAACUGUUAUACAUGUUUCUCUUGGCGGCAAAUAAAAUUUAAUGGGGCUGUUCGAUGCCUCUGUUUCAGAUUCA